UUUUUUUAUCUCUAUGAAUUCCUAACAAUAGAUAAUAAGUCUUAUCAAGAAAAACCUACUUAUUAGUUAUAGAAAUAGAGAAGUAUUCAUAGAAGCUUUGCUUCCCAUCAUUGUUUCCAUAAUGCUCACUUUCAGAGGUAGAAUUAGUUGACUUUAUUAUAGAGUACCUUUCCGAAAUGAAAUAGUUAAUGCCAUUGCUUUAUAGUUUAGCAACAGCCUCUACGCAGAGAUCAAUAUUGAUUAAGUUGGUGGAAGAGAAAAGUAAACGAUACAAGGAACUUCAGAAGGUAGAUCUAUUUAUCUUAGCAUUAGAUUAUGGGCAUGUCUGAAAAGUCCUAUCUGAUAGGCUGGGUUCUAACUGGAUACAUAAGAGUCAUAAUAGUAAACAACAGAAUUAUAAUUAGGCAGUAAUCAUUUUUGAGUUGUCUUGGUAUUUGAUGUUUCCUAUAUUUGGAAUAAGUUGGGAAGAAUAAUUUAAUGAGAGUUUUAUCUCCUUGACUUGGCCAUAUUUUCUAUUUUCUAUAGCAGUAAUGGAAAAUGUAUAUAAUUUUAGUCUAUGAAUCAAAUCUUCCUAUUUUCAAGUCUGUUUAAUGAAGUCAAAAUUGCAGGAGAAAUCUAAAGUUUUUUUUAGAUCGCUUGUGUCUUCUUUAUAUAUUUCACUUUUGUUGAAAGCGCAGCAAAUUCCUUCCCAUUCUACUUUUUCCUAAGCAUUUUCAGUCCCCAAUGUAGUAUAGCCUUUACUUAUAUUGCUUCAAUGAAACCUGGUAUUCCAGGAGAUAUUUUAUCAGCCAAUUUAUUUCCAUCAUAAUAGAUUAUGGAUAUAUACUCACCAACAUAUGAGGGAACUCAGAUGGCUGUUUAAGCUGUUGUCUAUUUUCUCCUAUUUUUAUAUUGCGAAUAAGUAAUUCCAAAUGAAUAUGGAGUAGCCAAGGAACCCUUAUUCUUUCUAAAAACGAAUAAAGUGUAAAUCAAAGAAAAUGAUUUAUUCGCUUAACUAACAACAGAUGAUAACGAUGUGAGUUCUGCUAUUUAUCAUGAAGAAAUAAAGUAUCCUGCCCCUCCCAGUAUAAUAAUUAAGAAUUUAUAAAAAAAGUUUGGAACACUCAAAGCAGUUGAUAAUAUCUCACUCUACCUAUAUGAAUCAGAGAUAUUUUGUUUGUUGGGACAUAAUGGUGCUGGAAAGACUACUGCUAUAAGUGUGUUGACUGGGAUGAUUUCAAAAACAUCAGGGUUGGUUAGCAUGUAUGGAAUGAACUUGGAUACUUAAUUGGCUAAGAUAAGAUAAUCCUUAGGUCUUUGUACAUAGAAGGAUUGCUUAUAUGAAGAUUUAACAGUAGAGGAAAACCUAGAGUAUAUCAGUUCCAUAAAGGGGAGAGUUGAUAAAUAAGAAAUACUUGAUAUAUUGAGGAAAACUGAUCUAAUUGGAGAGAGAUCUCUUGAGGUGAAAGUUCUAUCUGGAGGAUCAAAAAGGAAGUUGUCUUUAGGAAUGAGUUUAGUGGGAAAUUCAAAGAUUAUAUUUUUGGAUGAGCCUACUUCCGGAAUGGAUGCAUAUUCAAGGAGAUAAAUUUGGACUAUCCUAGAGAGAAUAAGAUAGGAUCAAAGAACAAUAAUAUUAACGACUCAUCAUCUUGAUGAGGCUGAAGUCUUGGCCAAUAGGAUAGGAAUUAUGUCGAAAGGUUAAUUAUUGGCUGUGGGAACAUCCAAUUUCAUUAAAAAGAAAUUUGGAGAAGGUUACAAUCUUAAAUUAACAUUUAAUGAUGUUUCUUUGAAAAAUUAAAUUUAUGAGAAAGUCAAUAAAUAUGUACCAGAAUGUUUUUUGGAGACAGAACAUUCCAAUGAAAACUAAUAUGUAUUUAAUAUUCCUUUUACUUCUAAAAAUUCUCUUGGGUAAUUGUUUUAGGAGUUAGAAGAAAUAUCUGUCUAAAUUGGAUUGUCCAUGAAAACACUUGAAGACGCUUUUGUCAAAAUAGGUAUGGAAGAAGAACAGGCUCAACUCUCUUUUAGAAGAAAGAGUGAGAUAUAAGUUGCUAAAUAAAGUUUAGGCAUUCCUGCUACUGAUGAUGAAAAUGAACGAGAUAACUAGGAGUUCUAUUCUUAUCCUGUUGAAGUUAAAGAUGAAGAGGUUGAAAAUGAUAUAAAAUCAAUACCUAAAUGUUUGUCUAAUGAUCCUUAGUAUUCCUUUUUCAGUUAAAUCAUGGCAAUUUUCUUAAGGAGAUACUAUACUGUAGUUAGAACAACUACUAAUUAUUUUUCGAUAAUCAUUCCUAUGAUUGCUUUUAUUAAUGGACUUGUUGUUGUUGCCUACGUUAAAUUUUAAGACGAAGAGUACAAGUUAUUACCUGAUUUUGUUUUGGAUCACUUUAAAAUUAAUCUCCUAGCAUCUUGUUGCGUGAUCGCAUUCUGUUUCAAUGCUACUAUUUAUAUCACUUAACCUGUCCUUGAAAAAGAAUACUUCUUGAAAUAAUCAUUACAUGGCAUGGGUUUAAGAAACUCAACCUAUUGGUUAGGAACAUUUUUAUUCGAUCUAAUCAUAUUCUUUUUAAAUUUGCUGCUAUUUUUAAUAGUUUCAGCCUUAUUAGACUUAAAUAUUGUGUUUGAUAAUAUUAUAAGAGCGCUUUCAUGCUUUUUAUUAUUUGGACCAAGUUAAAUUUUAUUCGCUUAUAUAAUGGGAUUUGUAUUUAAUAAAUUGGAGAGUGCAUUAAAAUUGUUCACUAUCUUUUGUUUUUUUAUACUCUUUUGUUUACCCAAUAUCAUAUUUGCCUUUACUUUCUUCUUUUACUAAGAGUUUGAUAAACCUACAUUCCUUGAGAAUCUCAUUUAUGUUUUUGAGAUUUUGUUUUCAGUAUUAUUUUAAAUUAAAAAUAGGUCAUCUCGCCAUUUUAUGCCUUCUUCUCAGCAUAUUUGUUCACCGCCAAUAAUUAUGAUGAUGUAGAAGCCUUUUUUGAAGCUCCCUAUUUGUUAACAACAACUGAAGGAUAUUUAUUAAUUAUUUUUGGAUAGAUAGUUGUUUUUGCUGGGGUUUUGUUCUUCUUAGAAAAUAAAAAAUCAUUUUUGAUCCACCAUCAUACGUAAUAAGAAAUCCAAGACAAUGUAGAAGAGGAAGUUCAAAAUGAAAGAGAAAGAGUUCUUAAACCUAAUAAUAAUGAUCCCAUUAAAUCUAAAUUUUUGGAAAAAUAAUAUAUUAAGGGCAAACCAACUUUGUAGUAACUUACAUUCAGUGUGAAAAAGGGGGAGAUUCUGGGAAUUAUUGGUCCAAAUGGAGCUGGUAAAUCUACAUUAAUUAAUAUUUUUUCUGGAAUUAACACCCCAACAGCUGGUCAGGCAUUGUUAAAUGAUUAUGAACCAAAAUAAUAGAUCAUGAGUAUUAUGUAACAUGUUGGAGUUUGUCCACAAUUUGAUUGUAUCUGGGAAAAUCUCACUCCUGUAGAGCAUCUUUAAUUAUUUGGUAGAAUCAAAGGAUUACAAGGGAAAGAAUUGUCAACUGCUGUUGCAUAUUUCAUUAAAACUAUGCAAUUAGAUUUGUUUAUUAAGACAAAAGCUGGUUAAUUGAGUGGUGGUAACAAAAGAAAACUGUGUGUUGCUGAUGCCUUAAUUGGAGGAAGUGAUAUAACCUUUUUUGAUGAACCGAGUACUGGAGUAGACCCAAUUUCUAGAAGAUUUUUAUUUAAUACAUUAAAGAGAAAUAUCCAAUUAAGAGCUUGCUCAGCAAUUAUGACAACUCAUACCAUCGAAGAAGCUGAAAGUCUUAGUGAUAGAAUCGGAAUAUUGAUAGCUGGACAAUUCAAAUGUUUAGGUUCACCUUAGGAUUUAAGACAGUAUUUAUUUCAAUUUAUUAUUAGAAAACACGGAAGUGGUUAUCAAAUCUAAAUUAAAUAUAUCAAUCCUUAAGUGACUAGUAACAUUUAAAACUAAUUUCCCAAUGCCUAAUAAAUAGAAGAAAGGAGGGAGGGUUAUUUGAUGUACUCUGUUCCAAAAGAAGGAUUUAGUUUUUAUAAGUCAUUUAACUUUUUCUAGAGGUAACAAUAAGAAGGCAAUAUAGAGGAUUUCUAAAUUGAGGAAAAGUAUUUUAUUAGUAUAAUAUUUAGCUCUUUGGAAUAAGUGUUUAUUCAUUUUAGUAAAAUUCAAUAGGAAAUAAAUGAGAAGGAGGGCAUGGCCUUUGAUUGA